AGCCUGUUGCUAUGCUCCACAUGGCUUUCUUCGGGUUGACUCAUCUGGGAUACCAAAACCCUGUUGGAGAUAAACUGUUAGUUAAACCCAGUGGACCAUCUCGAUUUGGGGCAUUGCAAUCCAGAGAAGAUAAUUCUUUGGCACCAGGACAACAGCACAAGUCCCCUACCACCACAGAAGAAGGCACUGUUCUGCAGAAGCCUCUUCCCUUCAGUCUAGAGAUCCAUCAAGGAAGCCACACACGAUACCAGGAGAUGAUCAGACAUGUCAAAACUCCCAGGUCUCCCAAUGAGUUGUAUUUGAUGCCUGUGACUGAUAACCAGCAGUACGGGUGGCUCCAGUCCCAAAGUGCAGAACCAUGGGUACAAGUUAAACGUUAUCCAAUGAAGAACAGUGAAAUGACCAAAUUUGUAAGCGAAAUGGCAAAGAUAGACCCAGACUUCACUCUGUUUUGAUUCUUCUGAACAUUAAAAUGCAUCACUGAAGCUUGGUGUGAGUAUAGUGAAUUCUU